AUGAGCGGGCAGCCAUCAGAAACUUGUACACUGGAGCAAAAUGCCUCAAGGCGGAGCUUCACCUAUGACAACGUCUGGAUAAGCACGGUGGCGGAGGAUGGAAGCGGGGAGUUGACGUGGGGUGCGAUCUGGGCCUCGUCGGGCGAGAAGAUUGGCGCGAAGUUGACUUUGGCGGUCGAAUCCCAGCAGUCCUCGCUAGUGGUGGAGCGUAUCAACGAUGGUGUUCUGCUCUUUGAGUUGUCACCGUCUAAAGAGUCGGUCUACAAGAUGGGUCCCACGUUGUUUAUCCUGAAGAUCGGAUUGAAGAACAAGGGGGCCCACUCUCACAGAGAGGACUUCCAGACAUAUGCAGCCCGAUUUUCUGAUGUGCCAGCAGCUGACAAGUUCCUACUGACGAUCGAGAUGGCCAGUCCUGAGAAGGCAAAGCAUGACUGGUUUCAGAAGAAGACCGAUCAGGGGAGUGCACAGAUGUACUUCCAUUACUAUGGGACCCUGCAGCACCAACAAAACAUGCUGCAAGACUACAUUCGCACAGGAACUUACUACUCUGCCUUCCUAAACAACAGGGUCGACUUUGAGGGCCAGUCAGUCCUGGAUGUUGGGGCCGGCAGUGGCAUCCUGUCACUUUUCGCUGCUCAGGCUGGAGCACGCAAGGUGUAUGCUGUUGAAGCAUCGGACAUGGCGAAAAUGGCACGGCUGCUGGCCGAGCAAAAUCCAGGCUAUGGGGAUUCCAUCGAGGUAGUGCAAGGAAGGAUUGAAGAGAUUCAGGUCGCCGAGAAGGUUGAUGUGUUGGUAUCAGAACCAAUAGGGACACUGCUUGUGAACGAACGUAUGCUGGAGACAUACAUCUAUGCCAGGGACCAUUUCCUGAAGCAAGGAGGCAAGAUGUUUCCAAGACUUGGCCGUAUCCACGUUGCUGCCUUUUCUGAUGAGAUACUGUACAAUGAGCUGUAUGGCAAGGCGUCCUUCUGGCUGCAAACCAAUUUUUAUGGGACCAAUGUGUCUGGUCUUCAUAGUGAAGCUGUGAAACAGUAUUUCCAGCAGGUGGUGGUGGAUGCAUUUGACCCAAGUCUACUGGUUUCCGCCUCGGUGAUCAAACCUGUGGACUUUGCGGAAGUUUCUGAAGAUGAGCUGUACAACAUUGAGAUCCCACUUCGCUUCACAAUAAUGCAUCCAUGCAUUGUCCAUGGCGUCGCCUGCUGGUUUGAUGUAUUCUUCGAUGGCAGCACAAAGGGUGAAUGGCUAAGCACAGCCCCUGGCCUCCCCAUCACACACUGGUUUCAAUUGCGAUGUGUCAUGGAGACUCCGCUUUGGGCUGUUGCUGGAAGUGAAGUCGUUGGCACCCUGAGGCUGGUGGCCCAUGCUUUUCAGAGCUAUGACAUCCAUGCAACCCUGGAAGUGCCACCAAUUGCUCCGGGACAACCGCAUCAAAAGGUGAGCGGUUUGUGGGAUCUGAAGGAGCCCUACUAUCGUCAAGUCAACAGCUGGUGGCCGGGCGCGGCACAGCCUGCCCAGCAGGCGCCCAACCCCAGCCAGCAGGACAGAGGGCCAGAGGCAGGUGCUAUGGACGCCGGGAGUUAA